AAUGGUUUAAAUUUAAAAAGACUCAAAUAAUUUGGAAUCUGAAUUCAAAUUGAAGUAAAACUUAAUAAAGGAAAAGAAAAUUCGAAACUCGAACUGACUUUACAAAAAACAACCUAAAAAAAAUGAAAAAAGAAAAAGUAAAAACAACAAAUGGCCCAUGCAGGUCUCGAACCUGCGACCUUCGCGUUAUUAGCACGACGCUCUAACCAACUGAGCUAAUAGGCCGGAUGGUCAGGAUUUCACAUAGAAAAUAUCAGAAAUCAGUGCUAAGUUUUUCAAGCUCAAAAUAACUUACAGAACAACGAACGGGAAAGGAUCGACGGACAAGGAAUUCUCAACAAAAUUCAAAAAUGAAAGAGGACUAUGAGAUUGAAGAGAAAAAGCAAGCUGCUGCUGAUGUAAUGUUUCAAUAUUCAAAAUUUGCUAUGGCAUGCAUUGGAAAUCAGGAGAUCUCUGGACAGCCAACUUCUCUGAAGAGAGAAUUGCCUCAGACAGCAGCUUCACCUGAUGCAAUGGGUGAAUCAUCGAGCUCAGGAACUUUUCACAGGCGUGAUUUAGUCCUCACAACUUGCCAUAUUAAUACCGACUUCGGCCAUCUUCACAUGCUAGCUUACUGCUUUUUCUCCUUUUAACUUGCCUAAUGUAGCCCUCGAUUUCAAAGUCAACAGAUCAAUUACAUUGGUUCUGAAAAUAGCUUUCUGCUUAAAGUCUCAAUAUGAGUUAUAGUCCAUGGAUAAGAAGUAUGUUUCUUUUUUAAUAGGAAAAUAGGACUUAAAAAGCAACCAUCUGCAUGACCCUGAAGAUAGCCUUUGCUUGGAUAAAAAAAAAGUCUUAAUUUGCCUCCACGAUCAUCAUCUGAGUACAUUCAUGCAAACAUCUCUUGACAAGAGCUUCUUCUUGUUCUUGAUCUUUUUCUUUUUCCAAUC